UAAAGAUGGCAGUACUGUGCCGCUCGUGUGCGAUCACAUCCAACGUGCCGCAUCUCAGAAACGAACGAAGCAAAUGAAAGGUUGAUUAUUACGUUGAGUAGACGGUUGCUAAUUGUAGAUUAUAAAAUUUUCUGGUAAUUAAACGACAAACAGAUAUGAAUUAACAUUCUGCGCGGACACUUAUUCUAUCGGACGUAUUUUUUCGUUCCGUUUUGAUCCACACUCACAUUACUAGGAAUGGAGUGUGGCACAGGGGAUGUAGCUCAAAUAUCAGCAGAGCUUGCUCGGGUGGUUGAGGUGAUGAUGUCACCAAAUAUACCACAACAGCAACGGAUAGAAGUUUAUAAUGCUUGUGAACGAUUCAAAGAGUCUUCUCCACUCUGUGCACAAUGUGGUUUAUACUUAGCACAAAAAUCACCAAACAGAAGUCCUGUAGUUCGUCAUUUUGGUUUACAAUUAAUGGAACAUUGUAUAAAAUAUCGUUGGACACAAAUUUCACAAUCAGAAAAAAUCUUUAUCAAAGAAAAUGCAAUGAAAUUAUUACAAGAAGGUACAGAACCUUUAUUGCAAGAAGAAGCUCAUAUAAAAGAUGCUUUAUCUAGAGUUGUAGUUGAAAUGAUAAAACGUGAAUGGCCACAACAAUGGCCAACACUGCUAUCAGAGCUUAGUCAAGCUUGUACUAGAGGAGAAAGCCAAACAGAAUUAGUUUUAUUAGUGUUCCUUAGAUUAGUAGAAGAUGUAGCAUUGUUACAAACUUUGGAAUCUAAUCAAAGAAGAAAAGAUAUUUAUCAAGCAUUAAAUACAAAUAUGGCAGAAAUCUUUAGUUUCUUCUUGAGACUAAUGGAACAACAUUUUUCUGAAUUUCAAAAAAAGAGUGCCAUUGGACAUACAACAGAAGCUGCAGCACACAGCAAAGUUGUUCAAGUAGUUUUAAAUACAAUGACAGGAUUUGUUGAAUGGGUAUCUAUAAAUCAUGUAAUGGCAGAAGAUGGAAGAUUAUUGCAGAUAUUAUGUCUGCUCUUAGGCGAUCCUAUAUUUCAGUGCUCUGCAGCUGAAUGUCUUUUACAAAUAGUAAAUAGAAAAGGCAAAGCUGAAGAUAGGAAACAACUUAUGAUUUUGUUCUCGGAAGAAGCAUUAAGAUUUAUCUAUGCUGCAGCAACUGCACCAUCACCUAUUGCUGGUGUUGGUGAUUUUCACGAUAAUCAUUAUUUAUUUUUGAAAAAAUUAACAUUAGUAUUAACUGGGAUGGCAACUCAGUUAUGUUCACUUUGGGGCAAAGAUGAUGCUUCUAGCAUUCGACCUACACAUUUUAAUCUGUUUCUGGAUACUGUCUUGACAUUCACAAUGUAUUCUAGCCUAACAUUAACACAUUUGGCAAAUGCAAUAUGGGUCAUGCUAUUCAAACAUGAACAAAUCAAAAGUGAUUCUUUGCUUUUGACUUAUGUUCCAAAAUAUGUGGAGAGUACAGCCCCAAAACUUAUCAAAAUAAUAUAUCCUCAAGGUAGACAUACUAAUGGAACGUCUACCUACUGCCUUUCAGACUAUGAUUCAGAAGAAGAAUUCAAUGUUUUUCUCCAUCGAUUUAGAACUGAUUUAUUAGAAGGAUUUAGAAAUGCUACAAUGGUAGCACCACUCGUAACUUUCACAUAUGUACAGCAAUGGCUAACUGCAAAAAUAACCAAAGGUAUGGCAGAUUUGCAGUAUAAAAGUGAUCAAAACGAUCCUGAAUAUCUAGAAUGGGAAGCUCUUGCCCAAGCCUUGGACUCUGUUGUAUCCAGAAUUUUGUUAAUCAAUGAAAGACCCAGUGUACAGAAUGGAUUACAACUGUUAGAAUUGUGCCUUAGUUAUUCUCCACAAGAUCCUUGGUUACUUUCAGCUUUAUUAUCGUGCAUUAGCGCAUUAUUUGUAUUUUUGUCAAUGUCCACUGGUUCUAUGGCUAUGCCAGGAGUGGCCAUCUUGCCAAGAGUUCUAGAAAAAAUAUUUGCAGCUUUGGUAUUUGAAGCACCAGGUGAAACAAAAGUCACGCGAUCUAGAGCAGCUAAAAAUGUCAGACGUCAUGCAGCUAGCCUCAUGGUAAAAAUCAGUUUGAAGUAUCCAUUGCUUCUUCUACCAGUUUUUGAACAAAUACACACUAUGGUUCGUGGUCUGAUUAGAGAACCAAGUCCUCUAUCCAGGAUGGAAAGCAUCAUGCUUUAUGAAGCUUUACUUUUAAUUUCGAAUCAUUUCUGUGAUUAUGAAAGGCAAACUAGAUUUGUCGCGGAAGUUAUUGGAGAAGGUGUUACAAGAUUUAUAAGAUUUGGAUCAGAAUCAUUUAAAGGACCACUUGAAUUGAUAAGACUUAUAGGAUUAGACAGGUCUCCAGUGGAAAAUGUAAUGGAUGAUCCAGCAGGGCAAAAUCGAAUUGAUCUCAUGAUUUGCAUUUGUACUGUGUUAAGUGUAGUUAAAAGAUGUUCUAUUCCUGAGGAUCCAGAUCGUGCUGCAAGAGGUGGUUUUGUUGCUGCUCUCAGUGAAAGUGGAAAUCCAGUUUACAGAAAUCCUGCUACACCACACAUCAUUCCUGUCUUACCAACUCUCUUUGCUUUGCUUAGAACAAUGAAUGCUUUGUUCACACCAAAUGCCAUAUCAGCUUUGUCUGAGGGUUACAAAAAUGCACAUGGACUUGUAGAAUCAGAAAAAGCAAAUCUUCUAGGAUUAAAUAUUACAAAUGAUAGCACUUCAGAACCAGAUCAACCUUCUAGUACAGCCUUAAUUCGAAUGCAAUCAUUUCUCAGUACAAUUCAUGACCAUUGUUAUCAUAUGUUAGGAAGUGGUUGCCAUACAAUUGGCAGAGAUCUUUACCAAUUAUCAGGUCUUGCACCAGCACUUAUAAAUUCAGUUUUUUCUAAUAUGGAACUGAUUCCAGAUUAUCGAUUACGACCAAUAAUUCGCGUGUUUUUGAAACCAUUCAUAUAUUCGUGUCCUCCAGCUUUUUAUGAGACUGUACUUGUACCUGUAUUAGCCCAUGUAUCCACGCACAUGUGCCAAAGAUUGAGUGCCAAAUGGCAGUACAUCGCACAUUUAUAUGAAUCUGGAAAUUUAGAUGAAGAAAACACAGACACGCAAGAAGUUAUAGAUGACAUGUUGAAUAGGAAUUUGACACGAGAUUUUAUAGAUGUAUUGAAAGUAGCAUUAGUCGGCGGAGCAGCAAGUGAUGCUGCACCUCCAGAUAUUAUGGAUCAAGAUAGCGGAGGUAUGGCGGUGGAUCCACCAGUUUCGCGUGGUAAUAGUAUAGUCGCAGAAGUUGUCAGCGAAUUGGGCGCUUUUGUGUUGAGACAUCCAUCCACGUGCCAUAGCGUCGUUUUAUGUGUUUUAGGAGCUUUGUCAUGGAAUGAUUCUAAUGCCAGCCUUAAAGCUACUAUGUUAACAAGUCCAAUCGUUCGAGCACUUGCUGCUGAUGGCAGUCUGACUCCUGCUAUGGCUGCACAUAUUAUGGUUGCAGUCCUUCAAGGAUUGCAGCUUCAUGGUCAACAUGAAGCGAAUCAGGGCUCUCUGAUAACUUUAGGUGCACAAGUUUAUGAAUGUCUAAGACCGAAAUUUCCCAAUAUUAUCGAGGUAAUGCAACAAAUACCCGGAGUUAAUCCUGCAGAUUUACAACGAUUUGAUGAAAAAAUGGCAAUAGUUAGUACAAAGGGUAACAAAGUUGAAAAGGGGAAAAAAGACCUUUUCAAAAAGAUUACAAAUCAGCUUAUUGGCAGAAGUGUCGGACAAUUAUUUCGUAAAGAAGUAAAAAUCGAUAAUUUACCAAGAAUAGAAAUAUCUGGAAAACCCCAAGCAGUGAGAGUAGAUGAGAUAUCCAAAAGUGCAGCUGAUACCGGUAUCACAGCUCUGUUUGCAGGGCCUACGUAGCAGAGUCACAUUGAUUAUGCCUUACAUAGUUGGUCUAAUUCAAUAAAUAAUUAUAAGUUAUCGUAAAAAAAGGGGUUCUGCAGGAAAGGGCCAUAAAAGAAUAAUAAAGAGGAUGCUCGUUAUCAAACAGAAAUGCAAUCCUGUUGGAGAUAUAUUUACAAGACUAAGCUGACAGACCAUUUGUCAAAACAGACAUUUAAAUUUCAGUAGGCGAAUAUUUGUAAAAAGUUGUUUAUAAUACAUUGCAUAUUCAUCAUGAAA